AUGAGGCAGCGACCUCGGUGUGGUCUAGUCAGCUUGUUGGUGUUGGUAGCAGGCUUGGGGCUUUUGCUGCCCCAGUGCCACAGUCUUGACUGGGAACAAUUAGUACCCAAGGUCGUGUGUAAGCUGGAGAGAUACUGGGCGGUGACACAGGUUGAUUACAUCCAUUCAAGGAAUGGGAAACGCAUCGGCAUCAUGAUUCUUAUGGUGUGGCUGACGGCGGUGGUAGUCUCCAUAGCUCCGCUCUUCGGCUGGAAGGAUCCAGAUUUCUUGGUGCGGGUCAACGAGCAGAAAAAGUGUCUGGUGUCACAGGAUCUCGCUUACCAGGUGUUCGCAACCAUGGCCACCUUCUAUGUCCCUCUCACAGCGAUCCUCAUCCUAUACUGGAAGAUCUUCCAAGCAGCCCGAAAGAGGAUCCAUAAGAGCAAAUUUGGAGGCAAGAAGGAGACUAAGAAGAGAGGAAACAAUAAGAAGCCAAAGGGGCACAGAGGAGCGGGAGGCACGAAACCCAACGGUGUGACGGAACACCAGACCACCGCCUUCACAACCAUCAGCAGUGGCUCUCCGGACAAGUCCUCGAACAACGGAGCGGUGUCCGUCUCAUCGCACGUGUCCGAGGUUUCCAAACUAGAGAUGCUGCCAAAGGAGCAUCACAAGAAGACUAAGAAGGAGACUCUAGAAGCCAAGAGAGAGAAGAAGGCUGCCAAAACGCUAGCUAUCAUCACGGGCGCCUUCGUCAUCUGCUGGCUGCCCUUCUUUGUCACGGCGCUGCUGAUGCCCAUCUGCCCAGCAUGCUACUUUUCCGACGUCAUGUUCUCAAUCUUUUUAUGGCUCGGGUACUUCAACUCUACCCUCAACCCUAUCAUCUACACUAUCUUCAGCCCUGAGUUUCGCGAGGCCUUCAAGAGGAUUCUCUUUGGCAGGAAGAGCAACCAACGCUACAGACCUGGGAAGGUUCGCUAAGACUAUUUACACGUGGUCUUCGAUUCUUUCUAAAGUCUAAAGUGUCCUAAUAGAGAACUAUAGGUGCAUUUAUAACUUUAUUCAUCAAAUAAUUUAAGUGAAACGGAAAGUGAAGGUUACAUAUAUAAAACUUUGACUAUUUGCCUUCAUGAAGAGGAGCACAACCUAGAAUGCUUUCCUAAAAUAAAACUGCGAAUUUUCGAGACUGAAUAGUUGAAACUUCAAUUCACUAAUUGUUCCAAAGUGAAUUAACAAACUAAGAACAGCUUACUUUGGAUAAAGUUUAGUUGAAUUACAUUCUUGAGUGUACCUGGCGGAUGGAAAAUUAACUUUAAUGUGAGUGAAUCUCAGGAAUAGGUUCUAGGAUAAGGAUGCAGUCAUAAAGUAAUACAUAAAAGGAAAAUGGAAUGAAGGUCUGAAAAGUGAAAAUAAAAGACGAAAAAAAUUGUGUUGUGUUAAAACUUGAAGCCAGAAACGUGAUUUGACGAGGAACAACAGGUCACAAAAAUAUUGCCAACGUUGAAAUGUCAGUAAAAUAUGAAAAAAAAUGUUUCAGUGGAAAACAAUUUAAAAAAACAGAAAAAGUUGAAGCUUCGUUUGGGUUAUAUAAAUAAAACACCAUUUAAAAUUUCUGGUCUCAGAGUAUAACUAAAUUAUACGGUAAUGUAAACAGUUACAUAUUAAGGUGAGUUUCAGUUAAAUAAAUAUUUAAAAAUGUGUGUUUUGGCUAUGCCAAAAAAAAAACAACUAAGAAGAUAAAAAUAAUUUACUUAAAAAUGUUAAAUAACUGAUUUCAAAGACAAGUGGUUUGUUUAUCCGGAUUUCUUUAGUGUGUAGAGACCUAUGAUAAUGACUUCUAAAAGAGGAGAAACACAAACGAAUAAUAAACGUAACAAAAGGAACAGAUAUGUUCAAAUAUCAUCAAGAAUCUGGCUGUCAUAGUUGAAAACUUCCUUUGGUUCAAAUGAAAUAUUAUGUGCAAAUUUUGUAGCAGUAAAAUUUUCUUGAAGAAGCUGAUAUUUUGUGAAUAACACGGAAAAGCAAUUUCUUGACACUUAGCUACAAUCAUUCAACAAUAAUCGUUCAGUAACAACCCAUUGGCCCUCGGUGGCAACACUGUCCUCGCCCAUUUGGAAACUUUGGAGAUUACUUUUCUACGUAAUUAAUAAACAGUCAUCAAUGAGAAAACAGUACAUUACUAUAUCUGACCUUCUCAUGACGGUUGGCUCAAGAAAUGACUAACCAUAAGAACUAAUGAUGAGCAUGAAACUCACCCUAACCGGCUGAGAGAGUGAGAGAGAAAGAGUGAAGCAGCUUACACUUCACAGAGUGCCCAUGAACUUCUUUGAGAUAUAUCGCAGCUGUGGCGAUAACCAAAGUUGAAGAAAGUCUAACACCCAUACACGUCCACUCAACAGAAUUCUACAUCUUUUAGCCAAACGUGCAGAAAACUAAAUAUCAAUAACAUAUAAAAGUACGAUGCAAAAUCUUGGGGAAAAAAAAACGUAAAUAUCAACCUCACAGGAAAGAAUAAAGAAAAAUAUUUCAUAGACACAAACUCUUGCAAAACUGUAAAUAUCAAUGACACAGGAAAAUAUAAAGAGUAAAAAAAUGCGAUGAAAAAUAUUUAAGAAUUGCAAAGUCAACUAGAAGAAUUUGUGAUUUGGUUUAAUAGGGGAUGUGAUUUGUGGAGUGAAAUGUGUAUUUGAAUCCCCUGGGAUCAGUAGCCAUGCCAAGAGAGAGACAGAGACAGACAGAGAGAGAAAGACUGUAACUUUCACAACAGACUCAACCUCCCUUACGUGUACAUUGCAGAGUAUACAUAUGCAUAUGUGCGUGUAUACAUAUUUUAAUUUUUAAUUUUUCACAUAUAUGUAAAUAUGCUUGUCGAUGUCAUUUUGUUUCAGUAAGUACCAUGCAUAUAUUUUUAUAUUAAUCAACGAUAAAAAAAAUAGUGUUCGGGGUUUACCUGUAGUUAAUAUGAAGCUAAAC